GAAUUGCAGCAUUACAGUUUAGUGCAGAAGAUGGCGGAGGGCGAGCUGAACGUUGACAGCCUCAUCUCUCGGCUCCUGGAGGUGCGAGGAUGCCGUCCGGGCAAGAUCGUCCAGAUGACCGAGGCCGAGGUCAGAGGUCUGUGCAUCAAAUCCAGAGAGAUCUUCCUCAGCCAGCCGAUCCUGCUGGAACUGGAGGCGCCGCUGAAGAUCUGCGGCGACAUCCACGGUCAGUACACGGACCUGCUGAGGUUAUUCGAGUACGGCGGAUUCCCCCCGGAGGCCAACUACCUCUUCCUGGGGGAUUACGUGGACCGAGGGAAGCAGUCGCUGGAGACCAUCUGCCUGCUGCUGGCCUACAAGAUCAAGUACCCCGAGAACUUCUUCCUGCUCAGAGGGAACCACGAGUGCGCCUCCAUCAACCGCAUCUACGGCUUCUACGACGAGUGUAAGCGUCGGUUCAACAUAAAGCUCUGGAAGACCUUCACUGACUGCUUCAACUGUCUCCCCAUUGCUGCCAUCAUCGAUGAGAAGAUCUUCUGCUGCCAUGGAGGUCUUUCUCCUGACCUGCAGUCAAUGGAGCAGAUCAGGAGGAUCAUGAGGCCCACAGACGUCCCUGAUACAGGUUUGCUGUGUGAUUUGUUGUGGUCGGACCCCGAUAAAGACGUGCAGGGUUGGGGGGAGAACGAUCGGGGCGUGUCCUUCACCUUUGGUGCCGAUGUGGUCAGCAAAUUCCUCAACCGCCAUGAUCUGGACCUUAUCUGCAGAGCACAUCAGGUGGUGGAGGACGGGUACGAGUUCUUCGCGAAGCGCCAGCUGGUCACCCUGUUCUCGGCGCCCAACUACUGCGGAGAGUUCGACAACGCCGGGGGCAUGAUGAGCGUGGACGAGUCUCUCAUGUGCUCGUUCCAGAUCCUGAAGCCCUCGGAGAAGAAGGCCAAGUAUCAGUACGGCGGGGUGAACUCCGGUCGGCCGGUCACGCCCCCCCGCACCGCACAGGCGCCCAAGAAGAGGUGAACGGCCCGCGCCGUAUGUCGUCGGCCCCCCACGUACGCGGUCUGGCGUCGGCACUCGCCCACAAUCUCACACACACACACACACACACACACCCCCCCCUUACCCUCACACUUUUCUUAACGUUGGUGUAUAUAAACUUUGGCGUGACCAGGUCACAACCGCUUUCUUUAUGUCGCUCUGCCUGUUCGGUGGUAUUUUUAAUCAUAUUAAUUGUAAUAUGGAAUCUAAUAGGAGGGGGUUCUCUCUCUCUCUCUCUCUCUGGCUCUCUCGCUCUCUCAUACAGUAUUAAUGGAAGUGAUUUCUACAGUGUUUAUUUGAGAUUAGAUACACUAGACUUUCAUUUGAAUAUUUAACACACACACACACACACACACACACACAACUACAGUAUGACGUAAUGCAGCCUCAUUAUUAUAUUAGAGCACAGUCUCAGACUCGUUGGAGCUUUAAAAAUGUGCAUUAUUUAUCACAGGAACAAAUUACUGGGGAAACGGUGAACAUGCGAAACUCAACAUGAAUGCAGAAACUCUGAUCUGCAUGACUUAUUGAUGAAGACACAUUUUUUCUGGCUUUUUUCAUACACGGAGAGUAAAAUAAUGCAACUUUUUAAGCUCUGAUGUCACGCCGCCGUUUCUGAUCUGGAUAUCUGAUCGUAUCGACACGUAUGCAGCCCUUCACUUCUCGCCCCCUGCGUUCUGCACAGGCGUCUCUCCCGCCAACCAACAUCCACCGACCCACACAGAGUCCGGCCCCCACCCCGCAGACACGGUGGCCAAUUAGUGCCCGACCGGAUGACCGGCAACGCCGAGUUUCGAACCGAGGUGCUGGUGUGCUAGCGGGAUAUCCCCCUGCGCCACCCGAGCGCCUGGCUGAUAUCAUUAUAUAGUCAAAUUAAAUACAUACCAGUCACAAGGGGGUGGGUAGCAGUCGCCUCACAGCAAGAAGGUUCGAUGCCCAGGUGGGGCGGUUCGGGCCCUUUCUGUGUGGAGUUUGCAUGUUCUCCCCGUGUACAGAGACGUCCAAGUGAGGUGAACUGGAGAUACUAAAUUGUCCGGAAUUGUCUUGAAUGGAACCAAAGUGUAAAACAUGACCUAAAAAUCCUAAUAAAUACAUAAAUGAAACGUCCCAGAUGUUUAUAACUAUCAGAAACACCAGGUUUACUAUGAAAUGAGGUGUUAAAGUAUUUUAAAAGCAUAAAUCACCCUGGAUACACGUCCAUCGUUAAAUAGAAUGAACAGAACUGUGUUUGGUUUAUGUUCUUGUAUACAUAAAGUGGGUCAUGCAGAAAAUAAUAUCGUUCUGUUUUAUAUUUAGUAAUUAUAUCAUUUCAUAGUCAAAUUAAAUAAACAUCAACCUCAACACAAGUUUAAAUAACUUCCCAGGGUUGGGUAGCACUGUCGCCUCUCGACAAGAAGCUGGAGUUUGCAUGUUCUCCCCGUGUCUGUGUGGGUUUACUCCGGUUUACUCCUGCGUGGGGAGCUACAGUGACCUUCCCACAGUCCAAAGACGUGCCAGUGAGGUGACUUUGAGAUACAAAAUUGUCCAUGACUGUGUUUGAUAUAACCUUGUGAACUGAACUGAUGAACCUUGUGGAACGAGUAACUACCGCUUCUGUCGUGGAUGUAACCGAAGUGUAAAAUAUGACGUUAAAAUCCUGAUGACCAAACAACAACGUAAACAAUAACGUUCUAUAUAAGGGACUGUUCAUGCUGCCGCCGCUUGCUUUUACAGCGGAAAACACAAAUCACAAGUCAGAUCAGAAUAAUCGAGUCGGGGAAGCUCAGCUUAUGAUCAAAUUACUGACCUAGCGAUCGGAUGGUCGCUGGUUUGACCCCCACCACUCACCACUGCCAGGCUGUUCAGAGCAAAACCCUCAAAUCCUCAAAAGUCACUCAGAAAUCCCAUUCAGGUCUCAUUCAUUUUCAGUAUCUAAAAGUAAUAUUCAGAACUAAAAGCUGGAGGCUGAUUUAUAUAGGAGGUGUAGUUGCACAUUUACACACACACACAUUUGCACGCUGUGUUUUGCUCUUUUGCUUUAAUAACAUUCAUAGCAUUUAUAAUACGGCGAGGGGGGGGGUAAACAGUUAAACACAGUAUUGUUGUGGUUUCUUUAGGAAUGAAUUACAGCAUUUAAUCAGAAGCACAGUAUUAGUGUAGUGAGUUUUUGAUUUUCUAGUGGAAUCUGGCUGGUUAUUAAGCAGAAUUCCUCUUAAACACUGGGUCUGGUUCUGAAUGUACACGACGUGCGGAUCGGUGGUUGGUUUGUGUGUAUUAAACUGACAUCGACGGUGACGGUGGUGAAUAAGUGAUGAUGGCACUACAUGGUACUCUGGUGCGGGAUACCGGUGGUGAUUGUCCCACAUCAGAGCUGCUCGGCGGCACUAACGAUCCGGAGUAGAUGGGAAAUAAUUCUCGUCCUCUAUAAACCUGCAUUACUGCAGGAGAAUCCGUUCAUUCUUUUCUUUGGUUUUUUGGAGGGGGCGAUUUACUCCUUCGUUCAGAACGUGUUGCUUCAUAGACGUUUGUCUUUGUAUUUUAAUUUGUGUGUGUGUUUUUUUUCUUAAUUUAUGAUUGGAUGUCGGGAAAAUAUCAAGAGCUUUGAGAUUUGUAUAAGUUGGUUUCACUUUCUUCAAACUCAAUAAAUGGAAGUACUAAAA